UGCACGUGUUUGUUUGUUUUUCUGCACGUGUGGGACACGUGUGUUAUUAUGUUGACGUUUUCGAAGGCUCAUGGGCGUGUGUGUGUGUGUGUGUGUGUGUGUGUGUGUGUGUGUGUGUAUGUAAGAUGCUACUUUCUCUGUGCUCGGUGCUUGUGCACAUUGGACAGUUAUGAAUGUCCAUAGCAGGAGUCCCGCCUCUGCGCUCGGACGCGUAACGCGCGCUCGCGCUCUCCCGACGCCCGCGUGUCUCCCACCCCGGUCAUGGUGAGUCCGGCAGGAUGACGUCCAAAUGUGAAUCCGAUUCACCCUCGAACCGCUCCUCCGGAGACGCGAUGCUGGAGUCGAACGUGUCCAGAUCGGAGCACAACGGCGGCCGGAGCGCCACGUGCGGCUCGGUGUCCGUCGCCUACCCCAUCACCAUGAUGGUCACUGGGAUGGUGGGCAACCUCCUGGCCAUCAUACUGGUCUCCAACGCGUACAGGCGCAAGGAGAACAAGCGCAAGCAGUCGUUCCUGCUGUGCAUCGGCUCUCUGGCGCUCACGGAUCUGUUCGGGCAGCUUCUCACGAGCCCCAUAGUGAUCUCCGUGUACCGGGCCGAGCUCCAGUGGGAGCGCGUCGAUGCCUCGGGGACCCUGUGCUCGUUCUUCGGCGUGUGCAUGACCACUUUCGGCUUGUGCUCGCUGUUCUUCGCGAGCGCCAUGGCUGUGGAACGGGCUCUAGCCAUCACCGCGCCUCACUGGUACUCCAACAGCAUGAAGACCACCGUCACCAAGCACGUGCUCGUCUCCAUCUGGUGCCUGUUGCUGUGCUUCGCCCUGCUGCCCAUCAUCGGGGUGGGGAAGUACACCCUGCAGUGGCCCGGGACCUGGUGCUUCAUCAGCACGGGCGACUCGGACGUCAGCGGGAACACGUUUUUCGCCGUGACCUUCGCCGCGCUCGGGAUCUCCUCGCUGCUCGUCACGUUCUCGUGCAACGUGGUGACGAUCCGUGCGCUCGUGGCGCGCUGUAGGGGAAAGCCCAGCGCGUCUCAGUGGUCCAGGCACUGGGAGAGGCUGACCACCGAGACCGUCAUCCAGCUCAUGGGGAUCAUGUGCGUGCUACUCGUCUGCUGGUCUCCUUUACUGAUCCUAAUGUUAAAGAUGAUCUCCAACCACACAUCUUCUCAUCACUGCAAACCGUCGAUGAUUCCUCGCCUGCCCAGCCGAGAGUUACAGAUGGACUGUAACUUCUUCCUGAUCGCCAUUCGCCUGGCCUCUCUUAAUCAGAUUCUGGACCCGUGGGUUUAUCUGCUCCUCAGGGAGAUCCUGUUGAGGAAGUUCUGCCAGGUGGCCAACGCAGUGUCUAAUUGCUCACUGGAUGGACAGAAAGAGACUCAGAAGGAAACAGCUCCGGACACUGUGAAGAAUCCAGCCAAGGAGAACGAGGAGUGCAAGAAACUGUCUUCUCCUGAUCCUGAUCUUGGUGGAAGUACAGAAGCUUGACUGCAGCUAAUUAUAAAAAAGUGUGGGUUUUGUUUUGUCGCUCAAGGACGAGAAAAUCGUGAUGAAUAACGGCGACUUUCUGGAUUUCAGCGUGAAACAUGAGCGAGUCCAGCAUGCCAUCGCUUGUAAAAGCAGCUCGAUCCGAUCCCUCGGCGCCGGAGUCCGUAAAUGAAUGUGAUCCUGUGAGCGAAACACCGCAGUACAGAGAUCUGGACCUGUUCUUGUUAACACGUUGCUUAACAAAUACAAGUCGACAUAUUCCAGAAGCGCCGGUUGUUAUAAUGGUCUCAGAGCGAGAGAAGGUUUAGCCGGAUUGAGUUAUCCGGGGUAAUUACAGGCCUCGUGUGGACUCUGAGAAACUGUGAGGAGAUUUUUCUCUGAAGGUUAUUAUCUAUAAUAAACUAUGAAACAUGUACAUAUCCAUAUCUGUUAUAACCUUUGACUGAGCAAUGAAAGCUCAAUAACGCUUCGCAGCCUCACAGAAUUCCAGAGGUAGGUUUGGAAUGUACAGUUUAUAAUUUUUUAGAGCUUCAUUAUGCAUUAUGGUGCAUUAUAAGUAGCGCUAUUAACAUGAGCAUUGAAGCCUUCGUUUAUAGUUCAUUAGGACGCCAAUCGUUUUUCUGAUUUAAUAAAUGCCUUUGUUUUAAAUUUGUGCCAAAACUGGCUGAUGAUUAACAGCUCAGUGGUUAAGAUGCUGGUCUUUUGAUCGGAAGGGCACCAGUUCAAAUCCCAGCACCACCAAGCUGCCACUGUUCGGAUAAAUGAGAUAAUCGUAUCUCGCUCUGGAGAAGGGCGUCUGCCAAAAGCCCUGAUCAAGAAACGGCGUUAAUUUGAAGACUGUGGAUUUCAAUUGUAGAAAUACGCAAAUAAAGUCGAAAUAUUUGAACCCUGGAUGAAGCUAAUGUACUAGCGAUGUCGUAGACGUCGAGCGCAUCAGUGUUUCACUCGAUUUCUUUGAUCAUCAUUCUCGUAAACUCUCGUGAACCAACGUCUCGUCUACGAAUAGCACGCAGAUGUGACUAUCGAAAUCCUUCACACUGCAAAAAAAGAGGAAGUUUCCUUAAUAUCUGUGUUUUUUUUCUUCUGAAUAAAUUGUUUCCUACGUCACCGCUGCAGUGUUCGUUUAGUGAUUAUAACUGACGGCGAUGCGCCAAAAGAUGAAUCAUUUUCUUAUUGCUAAAUGCUAACCUGAAGUAGGAUUCGUUCAUUAAGUAGAAAAUCGUAAAUUUUAUACAAAACAGCUUAACGUUUCUCUUAACGUUUCGACGUUAUUCUCAAAAUAUAAAAAUUUUAUUCUCAAAAUAUAAUUUUUUUUUCCUCAAAAUAUUUCAAAUUUAUUUUCCUCAAAAUAUUUCGACUUUAUUCUCGUAAAUUCGACUUUCUUCUCGUAAUUUCGAUUUUCUGCUCAAAUUAUUUUUACUUUAUUCUUGUAAGCUACAACUUUAUUCUCAAAAUAUUUCGACUUCAUUCUUGUAUUGCUAUGACUUUAUUCACAUAAUCUUCAAUUUGUACAUUUUAUUUAUUUUUUUUUACGUGGCACUAAAACGUCAUAAUUUUAGGUAAUUUCUUGGUAAAAUUCAAUACAAUUGGCACAAAUUAAAAUCUAUAGAUUGGGGAUUUUUUUUAAGGGUCAGAGCUCAGGGUAAGCAAUAAAACAGUGCCCCCUAGGGAAAAAAGUUGUUAAGGGCCUUGCUGAAGGGCCCAAAAGUGGACGCUUGGUGGUGCUAGGGUUGGAAACAUCAACUUUCAGACUCUUAGACACUGAGUGACAAUAUUGGUGACCAAAUGUGUCUUAAACAUGGCUUUAAUUUACCUCAAAUCAGUAGCCAUAGUUGCGAGGCAGCUUUAAAGAAAUCUACAUGAACAUACAGAUCUUUGAGAGAAAACAAACAAAAAAAGGUGUAAAAAAAAAAAAGAAAAGAAAAGAAAAGGACGGUCUAAAAGUGUGGAGGGUUUAUUUAUUUAUUUAUUUAUUGUCUAAGUUUGCGACUUUGAAUUGAAUUAUUUUUUAUUUGUUUAACCGAUAGCGUUCUGUCUGUUAUGAAAAAGAUCCAAUAGGUACACUAUAUGGACAAAAGUAUGUGGACGCCUGACUGUAACAUUGGUAUGUCCUACUUUUUGAACAUCCCAUUCCACAUUUAGAUCUCCACUCUUCUGGGAAGAUGUUUCACUAGAUUUUGUGGACAUUGAGAUUCAUUGAGCCACAAGGGUGUUAGUAAAGUCCAAUCCAUCAUUCAAUAGGGUUGGAUCUCUAUAGCGGGAGAUCUUCUACUCCAACCGAUGGAAAGCAGAUCUUUUGCAAACAUUGUGUCAUGCUGGAAAUGGGUUUUGUGUCUCCUACUUCAUGUGAAAAGAACAUUUCAUGCUAAUGCAUCCAAAGAUUUCUAUACGAUUGUUUGUGGUUACAGUUUGCAGAAAAGUCGGGUGUUCCAAUACUUUUGGACAUGCCUUGUAAGUGUGUGUGUGUGUGUGUGUGUGUGUGUGUGUGUGUGUGUGUGUGAGAGUCCAUUUUAUGUAUUAAACUAAGCUGUGAGAUGAUUGUUUUUGCAACCAACGAAUCAAUUAAGGAAUAAAACACUCUGUGAUCAGGAAAUAAUCGACGACAGGGUACUUACUGUUAUGAAACCUACUUCAUUUUGUCUCUGCAGAGAACAGCAAUAUACUGUAUUUUAUAAAACAGGAAGAUUCUACAGGAAGUGCAAAAUUUUACACUUCAAUCUCAUUUUAUUUUUUUCAUUCCGGCGAACGAAUGGGUCAAUAUGCUGCCUGUUGUGCACAAAGGUGUCUCCUGAUUCUGUGAAUGUAUUAUGAUCUCGAGUGGUGGUUUUUUUUGUUGCAUUUAUGAGUGUUUGCAUGUUCCAACUCUGUCCUUCACACCUUCUUUUCAUCCUUUUUGGCUUCUGAGUGCAAUCCUAAGCAACAUACCAACGUGCUGUUUGUCCUUGAACCGGUUUCAUUCCUUAGUUAACGUUUGCAAACACAACUGAGAACAUUCUAACAUGCUUAUCACAACCAGAACAUCGCAGAGGUUUAUGUGAGGUGGUGGCAUAGCGCCUCCAAAUUGGGAAGCUUUGGAAUGGAUGUGGAAAAACAAUUGUUGUUUUUGGAGCUUGUCCAUGGCUUGGAGCACUUCCCUGGAAUUAAUUGGUUAUAGCAAACAAAAAGAACGUCUAGGUGGAGAUACUGUAUCUACGACAUACAGAAAAAUUUCCAGUGCAAAGUCUUGGGGACGGGAAAAGGUGAUUUGGAGUGGAAAUUGUCUGAUCAGCAAUGACAUUAAAAGCACCUGUGUGGCACCGAGUCAAUGUCUAAGAUAUUAGAAGCAGAUCCUUCAAGUCCUGUAAGUUGAGAGUUGGACCCUUCAUGAACUAGCACAUUCUACAUACGCUCAAUUGGAUUGACAUCUAUGAAAUUUGGAGGCUGAUUCAACACCCUGAACCUCCUCUAAUGCUCCUCAAAAUGUUCCUGAACAGUUUAUUGCAGUGUGGAUCAGGUGGAGCUUUAUUGUGCUUAGAGUCCACUGUUAUUAGGGAAUACAUUUAUCAUGAAGGGGUGUAACUGCAUGGGGUCUGCAACAGUGGUGAGGUAGGUGGUAUGUAGCAUUAGUUCAUUUUUAUCUGUAGAGCACUUUCUACAUUGUCUCAAAGCACCUUUACAGAAAUAAAGUGCUUAUAAACCCUAAUAAAAGAGUGUCUAUAUUUAGUGGUGAUAAGUUUGUCCCUACUGACCGAAUCUUCAGCGAAUAUGUCAACAGAGGAACCAUACCCAAAAGGGAACCAACCUAACCGAUGAAUGUCUGUUCAUUACAGUUCCAUCAUUGUACUGUCCAGUCCUAUAUUCACUUUAAUGCAAAACUGCUCAUGCAAACUGUGGUCCUGAGCACAUUGUAGCAGACUGUUGAUAUUUAUUACAGUCCAAAUCCAUCCUCAAAGUUUUGAGUUGCUCAGGAACUGUAUGAUCUUUAGGCUGUUGAGGUAGAACCAUCCCCAGGUGCACAGAGUGGUGUCCAAUUGAAGUGAACUCCAUCCAGAGGUAGGGUGUCGGGACAAAUCGGGCGGAUCUGAAGAGACGAAAGAGACAGGAACACUGGUCACUGGUACCUCGGGAACAUGUUUAACUCGACAGUUAACUUGAGCAUCAAAGUAAUAUCCAGGACCCAAAGUUUUCCAGCAGAACAUCACCCAGAGCAUCACACUGCUUCGGCUUAAUUGCUUUCCCAUAGUUCAUCCUGGUGCAAGGUCUUCCCAGGUAGGCGACGCACACGCACCUGGCUGUCCACAUGAGUAUGCGAUUGAUCAGACGAGGACACUUUCAUCCAUUGAUGCACUUUGUGUUUCGACACCUUUUUAUUAGAGCCAGCAUCAACUUUUUCAGUAAUCUGUGCUGCAGUAGUUCUGUGUGAUUGGAUAAGAGAGGUUAGCCUGAGCUCCACAUGCUCUUGGUGACCAUGACUUCUGGUGCUUUUUUGAUAGGUACUAACCACUGCAUACUGAGAUAAAUCCCACAUGACCUGCCAUUUUAAAGAAGCUCUGACGCAGUCAUCUUGACAUCACAGUUUGCCACCUGUUAAGGUCGUUCAGAUGCUUGUCAUUUUUCAUGCUCCUGAUUCAUCAACUUUGCAAACUGACUGCUCACAUGCUACCUAGUAUUUCACAGCCUUUAACAGGUGCCACUGUAAUGAGAAAUAAUAAACAUUUAUUUAUAAACAAAUAAUAAGCUUUUAAUGUCAUGGCUGAUUGCUGUAAAUAGCGAGACUCAGAAAUGCGAGUGCACCACCAUGAACCUGUUUCCAGUCAAAGACAAAAAAAAGAUAAACAGACAAGACAAGCUUUCAGUACCCCAACUUUCCAAUACCCAAACUUUCUAUUACCCACGAUUUCUAGUGCCCAAACUUUCCAAUACCCCAACUUACUAGUACCUAUUAUUUCUACUACCCGAUCAUUCCAAUACCCAAACUAUUUAGUACCCACAAUUUCUAGUGCCCAAACUUUCCAAUACCCAAACUUUACAGUACCCAAACUUUCCAGUACCCAAACUUUCCAAUAUCCAAACUUUCUAGUACCCAAACUUUACAAAACCCAAACUUUUAGUACCCAAAAUUUCUAGUGCCCAAACUCUCCAAUACCCAAACUUCCAGUACCCAAACUUUCUAAUACCCAAACUUUUCAGUACACAAACUUUCCAAUAUCCAAACUUUCCAAUACCCAAACUUUUAGUACCCAAAAUUUCUAGUGCCCAAACUCUUCAGUACCCAAACUCUCCAGUACCCAAACUUUUUAAUACCCAAACUUUCCAGUACCUAAACUUUCCAAUACACAAACUUUCAAAUACCCAAACUUUUUAGUACCAAACAUUUCUAGUGCCCUAACUCUCCAAUACCCAAACUUUCCAGUACCUAAAUGUUCCAGUACCCGAACUUCCCAAUACCCAAACAUUCUAGGACUCAAGCUAUCCAAUACAUAAACUUUCUGAGCUAGUUUCAGGGUUUUUUUUUCUGUGGAUAGUAAGAUAUAGUCUGACAUUUUGCCAAGACUAAGCAACCCUCAUGAAAUUUUAAUCAAGACUGUAAAUGUUCUUUAUAAAGAAAUUGUCUACAAGUGCCUUUUUUGAUAUCAGUCAUUAUCAGCAGGCUUUGUGGUGUGUAGCGCUUUAGACUUUUAGCCAUUCUAAAUGUUUCCUGUGCCUUUGAAAUGGAAGAAUUUUUUUUCUAGCUAAUGUUCUGGUUUGAAUCUAAAACAGGGAACGUUUGGACUUCAUGUAUACACCUUACAGCUCGGCUCAACUUAGACAUGAUUCCAUUAUUAUAAGUUCAUUAUCAAAUUAAUCUCUGUGGUUCCUGGCAUACAGUUGAGUGCAAAUGUUUGUGCACCUCUAGGACAAUUCUUUUUUUUGUCCAGGGGUAAGAUGUUCUAAAUGUUUUAUUCUAAGGGAAUUUUAUUUUUCAUAUAAAUAGAAGAUAUUUACAAAUACAAAAAUAUACUUAUCCCAGUAAAUGUGGGUUUGAGAAACUAAGGUAAAGAGAAAUGCUCACGUUUAUUACUUUAUAAUCACCAAGAAGAGAAUUUAAAACAAGAAACAAGGGUGGAUAAACAAUGGUGAUCAGUAAUUGAACCUGAGAACAGUCACUGGAUCACUAAUUGUUUUUUGGGGAAAAUGGAGAUUAGUGAUUGGUCUCUGAGAUCUGUGGAGUUUAUUUAUUCGUUUAGUAAUUAGUCCCUGAGAUCAAAUACUAAUGAUUUAAUGAUUUUGUUUCUGUAUCAGUGGUGAUCAGUGAAUUGUCAGUGGGAUCAAUUGUGAUCAGCGAUUUUUUUUUUUUUUUUUUUUUUUGAAUGAUUGAUUUUGGCAAUCAGUUUUGAUCAGUGGGUAAUUUUGGUGAAAAAAUGAUCAGUGAUUCGUUCUUGAGAUCAAUUCUAAUCAGUGUUUUUUUUUUUUUAGGGAAAAUGGUGCUGAGCAGUUCGUCCCUUAUUCACAUAUUUAGCUAGUUCUCAUUUGAUUUUUUUUACUCAUUUGACAUUUGAGGUUUAUUCUUAACCCUGGGGCCACAUUUCUCUAAAAGUUUGUGAAAGAACCAAAUAUGGCUGGAAAAGUCAGGUGUCCCAAUACUUUUGUCUAUAUGGUGUUAGUUUUGUUAUGCUAGUUAUAGUUUAAUGAUUCAGCAAAACCAGGCUGAAGAGCAGAUCAUUUAGUCUAACGAGUCUGAGUCUCAGAUGUGCGUCAGAUAUGUUAUCUUUUCCCAGCAGCCGUGGGGCAAACGAGCUUGAGCCAAAAACACAAGAGUGUUUGUUUGCAUGAGGGGUGAAAUUUGCUUGCAUGGAAAAUAUUUCUUCAAACACACACACACACACACACACGCACACGCACACCAGAAGUUUGAUCAGCUAGCCUCUAUUUUGUUUACUCAGUACAACAAACUUCUGGAAAAACCCAAUCUAUCAACAAAUCUUUUUACAUAAGAUGGCUUUAACUAGCCUGAUGGUAGCUAUCGAACUAGCAGUAGUAGCUAACAAAGAUUGCUAGUUAACAUGCUAGCUUUAUGUUAUAUUAUGUAAUACAGAAGCAAAGCUAGCUAGCAAAGAAACCCUGCUAGCUUACAUAAAAGCAAAUAAAACAGUAAAAUCAAACAUUUUAUUUCAUAUAAACUGAUGGUUUUAUUAAUCUACAAAGUAAAGAUGACUAACCACUAACCAAACUUUUACACAGGAUAAAAGUUUUAAUUUCUCACAUAACAUCAUAUUAAAAAAAAGAAUGUUUUUGUAAUUUUAUCAUGAACGUACGUUAUAGUAUUAAUGUACUAUUUAUCACAAAAAAUAUCCAAAUACAAAUUUGACUCAGGUUGUUAUGUGAUAUAUUUAUGACAUACAAAAAAUUAUUUAAUAUUUGAUAUAAUAAUAUUUUUAUGUGUGCAAAUUCAACCACUCAGAAUGUAUUUUAAUAUUUUAGUUAGUAUUUUAGUUUUAAUUAAUUAAUGAAUCGCCACAUCCUGAGUCAAUAUAGAUGUUUACCUAAUCUCUUGUUGUAUAAUGCAUACAAAAAUUUGUCAAAUUUGAGUUACAAAUGGUCCACAGUCUCAGGGAGUGUUUUAUAUUUUAAUUUCUUUUUCCCUGCUUUAGUGUGGUCAUUGUUGUAGACAUCAUAAUUUAAUAUAUACACUAUAUUGACUAAAGGUUGUUGACACCUGACCAUAAGAUGGGUAUGUGCCUAAUUUUGAACAUCCUAUUCCACAUUUAGUCUCCAUUUGCUGUUAUAAAAAGCUCAGAUUUUCUGGGAAGAUGUUCCACUAUAUUUUCUGGAUUCAUUUAGACACAAGGGUAUUUGUAAACUCUAUAGCAGCAGAUCUUUCACUUCAACCCAUGGAAAGCAGGAACAGGUUUGGGUCUGCUAGUUUAAGUGAAGGGAAAAUUUCAUGCUACUAAAUGCAUCCAAAGACGUCCUACAGGAUUGUGUGCCUUUUCAUUUGUGGUUACAUUUUGGGGAAGGCUGAAAAAGUUGGUUGUCCCAAUAUUUUUGGGCCAUAUAGUUUGUUUUAUUUGUAUAGCUGAUAAAUCAUGUAUUUUCUAAAAAAAUCUAUCUAAAAUCACACAUCACUACAAUCACAUAUAUCACACUGAUUUAUUUCUAUCCUUUUUGUACAUUAAAUACAAACGUAAAACGUAAUAUGUGCACAUGAAAAGUUCUUUGUAAGAAUUCUUGACAUUACUGGUGAAUAUGUGACAACUUGGAAGAAAUAAAAGUGUGUAAAAACACAUUUAUGUGUAAAUGUAAUGAAAAAAAAAAUGUAACAUCAUUUGCAUCAGUCUUCUAAACUUGAAUUGGGAAAGAAAAGAAAGAAAUGUGAGAAAAUAUAUGUGGGGAAAUUGUUUCAAAUGUGAAAAUGUUGCACGUGGAAUAAAAAAAUCACACAUUUGAAAUUUCACUUGAAAAUAAAAUAGAAAAUCGAUUUUUGUUUUUCUCCCGAGUCGUCACAAAAAACAAUCACAUUCUGUACAUCUUGUCAAUAAACUUUUUUAUGAAAUCUAUUAUAAAAAUGUGGUCUAAAACCUGCAGUAAAAAACAUGACAAAUGUUGAAUACAUGUUGAAAGCAUGGUAUAAUGACAAACACCUCCAAGUUUAAGGACGUAUAGGACGUUUUUGGACUCAGUAGCAUGAAAAAUUCACUUUAUUAAAACUAGGAGACCAAAUCCAUCUCUAUGAAAACCUGCUUUUCUCAGGUUGGAGUGGAAGAUCUUCUGCUAUAGAGCUAUAAAUCCUAUUGAACACAUUUGAGAUAAAUGUGAAUGCUGAUUGCACCACAGGCCUCCUUACCUUCUCACCUACAUCAGUACCUGGUUUUACUAGGUUUAAAUUUAGUUUGUACCCUCCAACACGCACACACACUGACACACACACACACACACACACACACACUGACACGUGAAAUACGGGUGUACACUGGUGUUUAACAUGUGCAUUCAUUUUGCUAGUUAUAUUUGUUCGAAUGGUUUUUACGAUCAUUUAAGGAGAAGCAUGCACUCUCAGUCAGGUGUGUCCGGGCUUUUAACGGGAAAUGUGGGUCGUAAAAUAAGCACUCGUAAAUGUUUUACAUGUUUGGCGAAUGCACUCAAGUCGUGAGGCGUAAAGCUGCGUUCUCCUGGUGCUGACUCUCUGAUGUAUGUUCCUGCAGAGAAAUGUCAUUAGUAUAUAUCAAUCUUUCAUUACGUUCCAUGUUUAAUAUGUAAUUAGUAUUCCUCAUUUAUUGUUGAUUGUGAUUUAUCGCAAAAAAAUACCUGUAUUGAGAAAACACCCAAUUGAGUCGCUUUCAGUUGUGUAUGUGCCGCUUUUGCUCCGCGGGUAAAAUAAA